AAAAAUAAAAAAAAGGGAUAAAGGGGGGAGAGAGAGAGAGAGAGCAGUGGUGUCUAUGGCUUCUUCUGCUUUCAUCACUCUUCAAAGCUUCUCCUAUGGCUAUGGUUGUUGUAUCCCAAAACUUUCAGUUCCAUCAAACCCUUGUGUAGUCUCACAUGUUUUAACCUUUCCAUCUCCUAAAACUUCCAAUUACAUGAAACUCAAUCACCUCCCAAGAGUCUCUCCUGAAGGGCUUCCUACUGAGUUGAUUGAGGAUUCCAAGUUUGUUCCUUUGAAUGCUGAUGACUCUCAAUAUGGUCCACCUGCUUUAUUGUUGUUGGGCUUUGAAGUGGAAGAGGCACUGAAGAUACAGCAGCUUCUAAAAGAGAUGGGUGGUGAAUUCCUAGAGGUGAUUUUUUGUACUGAAGACAUGAUUACAGGCACGCUCUGGGAAGCAGUGAAUACAAAGCAACCCAAUUUGGAUACAGUGAAGAUUGCAAAACCAGUGCCACGAAUUUGCUUCUUAUCUGGUCUUACAGGGGAGGAGAUGAUGAUGUUCAUUGAUAGCUUUCCAGAAACGGGGCUGGAACCGGCUGUAUUUGCAGCUCUCGUUCCCAACAGUGCCAAUACACCACUACAAGAGUUGAUAGAAGAGAUUAUGGGAGACCAUGAAAUGCUGGUACAGGUGACAUGCCUCCUCCAAGAGUGUAGCUUGGAAGGACUUAGGAGUUGGAGGCUUUGUUUUGUUACUUUUGUGUUUAAAUAUUUAUUCAAGCCAAAUGCUUUACAUGUAUAGAGCUUAGGACUCUUUUGUUGUAACCAAGUGAUAUCUUGAAAAGAUGUAAGCUCGUGGGACAUUUAUUCUGUUGUAAUCAACCAUUGUUACCUGUUGUUGUUUCAGAAUGAAUAUUUAUGAAAGUAUAAUGCAUGUAAUAUCUCUUGUAAUAUAAACUCUGAUGAAUGAAAGUAUAACACUUUCUAUUAUGUUCAUGAAUCUCA